AUGUCCAAACAAAAAACAUCUAAAACCAAUACUGGAAGCUUUAAACCUUCUAGUGAAGAGAUACAACAUAUAAAAAAUUCCACAGUUCCAGAAAAUACAAGAAAGAUGAUUGAUAACUGGGAAUAUGCACCUUCAUCAUUACGCAAUGCUAUUAAUUGUCUUGCAAUGUAUCUUUUAGAUAAUUCUUUAAAUAUUAAUAAAUAUAACUUGGCCAAUAAUCAAGAGUUUAAAGAUCUAUGGAAGACGCUAGAUGGUAAAAUGAAGCAACUUAAGAAAAUAGAAAAAGUUGUCUGGCAUCAUGAUCCAUUAACUACUACAGAAAUUCAAACAAUAUUCCAUGGUGAAAUGUGUAUAUCUCAAUUUGUUUUUACUUCAAAUGGUGGUUUACAAUUCAAAAAAUUCUCACAAAAAAACAAUCAAGGUGGUAUUGAUGGCAACUUAGAUUCAUUAACUAUCCUAGUACCACCUGAUCCUGAAGGUUUACUUGGUCCUAUUCAUGAUAUAAAAUUAUAUAUUGAACAUUGGCCAACUAAUUUUACUUGUGAUUACUUACAUUUAAAAAUUAACAA